UUUGAAACUCAAUCACAAAUGCCCCUUAUAAAAACUCCUUAUUGACCGCCUAUUGCCCAUCCUUCACUUUCUUUUUUUUCCUCAGUCGUUGCUCUUCCUCUUCCUCUUCUUCCUUCUGCCAAACCUCACAAAAUCCAUCUCAACCAUAGAAUCUCCCCUAACUCUAUCUCCUCUUAGUUAUGUCUUCCAACUAGGAGCUGAUUUCAACCUCAAGGUUGAACCCCAAAUUUGGAACCGGACCCUAGACAAGGCACAACUCGCCACCUUCGUUGUCGGCCUCCACAAUGAAGCCACAGUCUUGACUUGCCACCUCUGUUGUUGACUUCCACCACAAAGCCACGGCACCUUCAUCGUCGAUCUUCACUGUGGUGAGUUCUGAUAUUGUUUUUGUUUUUGUUUUGGGUUUCUUUGAUUGAUUGAGAUUACUGUGGUUGCAAUUUUUUUAUUUGCAGCAGUACAAGUCCAAAUGGUCAUGACAGACAGAGAGUAUCACAAGGCCGAAGGCCAAGUUAUUUAUAAGGAGGACCUUGGUUUGGUCUCUAUUCUCUCAUCAACAUAUCCAUAGACAUAGAGCUACUAAUUUGUAGGACUCUCUGCUCUUGCUCUUCUACUCUAAAAAUGGUGCUCAAGCUGCAUGGAUUUCCUGUAUCUCCCAGCACGGCUCGCGUAGAGGCUUGUCUCCAUGAAAAAACUCUCGACUUCGAGUUCGUCCCGGUUAAUAUUUUGGGCCUUGAAAACAAGCAGCCUUCUUUUCUUGCCAAGAAUCCCUUUGGCCAGAUUCCAGCAUUUGAAGAUGGUGACGUCACACUAUUUGGUAAGCACGAAAACUUGAAAGAAGCUGCAUUGGUGAAGGUAUGGAUGGAAGUGGAAUCUCAACAAUACCACCCAGCAAUCUGCCCCAUUGUGUAUGAGUUUUUCGGGAAGCCUGUGGUGGGCUGUAAGCCCGAUCAAACAGUAAUCGAUGCGAGCUUAGAGAAGCUCAAGAAGGUGCUCGACAUGUACGAGACCAGGCUGAGCAGCAACAAGUACCUUGCUGGUGAUUUCUAUAGCCUGGCUGACCUUCACCACUUCGCUUACACUUUUUAUUUCAUGAAGACUCCUUGGUCUUCAUUGAUAAACGAUCGUCCUCAUGUUAAGGCGUGGUGGGAGGACAUUUCAGCUAGGCCUGCCUCUGUCAAAGUGGCUGAGGGCAUGAAUUUUGGUGAAGUUGAAAUUAAAUGAGUGCUUCUUCUAUCUUUGUAUCUGUCUGGUGUGUUUUGGAUAUGGAACAACUUAUCCCCAUUGAUUGUAGCAGAAUAAUUUAAUACAAAAUGUUGUUGUGUGCUCUG